AUGCCCCCACGCCCCGUCCUGAAGCCGAAGCACACCCGCCCGCUGUCAGCCAUCUACAUUGGCAAGGGCCCGAACCCCAACGAGCCCUCGCCGUCCUCCCAUUCGCAGUCGCCGCAACUAGCCUCUUCGUACGGGAGCUUCGGAGACGGGACGACGCCUCCCGGGCUCCCUGAGCUGCCUGAACCUCCCAGCCCAGGGUCGAGCAGGUCGGGCAGCCCCAGGUCACGAUCGGGAUCGGUGGUGAGUGCGUCGGGGCGCUCGGGCCUGCCGUCGCCGCCUGCGACGAACUCGACGGGGAGCGGGAGUACGGGUGACCCGGCGACGAUUGCGUUGCGGGAUCGAAAUACGGAUAGGGACACGGAUAGGGAGAGGGAGAGAGGGAGGGGAGAGCGCCCGGUAUCGCUGCAUAGUAACGGCAGCACCAGUACGAGCACGAGCGGGGGCAGCAGCAGCUUCACACCGAUGCACUCGAAGCGCGGGAGCGUGUCCACCACGACCAGCAGCGCCACUGCGGGUCCGGGCCCUAGCACGAGCAGGAGCAGCAGCCGCCUCGCCGAUACCCGCCUAGAGGAUGCUGGAGGGGCGGAUCUGGACGAUGAUUUCUACGAUGAGCACGACGACGAGAGCAAUGCGGAUGGGGAGGACACGGCGAGGCUGGAUCGGAAGCUGCUUGCGGGUGCGGGGGCGGAGAGGGAGAGGGAGCGGGAGAGGCAUGGGAGGAGCUCGAGCGAGAAUGUGCUUGCGCUGCAGCGGGUCAAGAGCCUGGCACAGCGGAACAGGCUGGCCCUCGACAAGCUCUCACGCCUGGGAUCGCCCUCGCCCGCCCGUCCCAGCACCCCCAAUACCCGCUCUCCCGCAACAUCACACGCCUCCCUCGCCAGCACAUCCCGCACGUCCCAGUCCCAGCGCAUCCGCCCGCUUCCCCCAACACCCUCAUCCCAUUCGCAACAAGACCCGACCCGCUCAGGUUCAGAAACUGAGCGCGAGUCCACACACCACAGCAGCCAGUCCCACUCCUCGCAAUCGUCGUCUUCACACUCGCAUACGCGCUCUGUAUCAUCACUCCACCACAACCGCGCCACUUCCGCUGCUGGGUCGUCCUCGCCCCCGCCCCCCACCACGCCAUCACACAGCGCAACGUCCAGCCCGUACGCCCGAUUACGGCAACUGUCUACAACAACAACAACACCCGCCUCGCCUAAAUCCAAAACCCGCGUCGUGUCCACCGGAACAUCCUCCGUCAUCUCCUCAUCCACGUCUUCUUCUUCCAACCAGAAUUCCAAUCCGAAUGCCAGAGACUCGCCUACGAGCAGACGACGCCAUCGGGCGUCCAUGGCGAGCAUCUCCCAGAUCCAGCUGACAGACUUUGAGGAAGAGGAUGGUGAUGGUGAUGAACCGAAUUUGAAGACCGCCACGACGAGUGCUACGGGCACGGCGAGGAGGGAGAGGACGCUGAGCGAGCGGGAUAUGAUCACACAGAGCGCGCUCGCGGCAGUGGCGUCGUCCCGCCGCAGUCCUGUUUCCAAUACUAGAAGGCGGUCGGCGCUGCCGAAGGAGUUCAGGUCGGACCUUGUUGAUGAGAGCCAUAGUCCGAGCCCGAGCCCCAGUACGGGCAAUGGGGGUGCGAGGAGGAAUGGGAAUGAUGCGAGGAGGGAUAGUUGGAGGCGUACACCCGACCCCGUAACACCCUUCCGCACCACCUCCAUCUCAUCCACCACCUCCAUCAACACCAACGGCAGCGGACGCUCCUCCACCGUCCGCGAACGACGCACCAACGCACCCAGCCCCCGCUGGUCAAGCGACGACUACCGCACGCCCGCAACCGUGCGCGACCCAUACCGUACCCCCGACCCGUACCGUACCUCUGCUGCCCCCACUUCUUCUGCUUCCUCUACCCUCCGCGAUCGUGAUCGAGACCGUGAGCGCGAUUACAACCACAGCUACAGCAUCUUCAACACCUCGCACUCGAACGAAGAACGGAAAGAGCGCAGACAGAGCCUGAGAGGCGGUAGCGCGGAGAGUGCGUUGAUGUGGAGUCCUGGAGGCAGGAAUUUGUUGAGCGAGGGGUUGAGGGCGGCGGGGUUGACGCGGAGGAGGGAAGUGGACGCCGAACAGGAGGGUGGGAGUAGGGAGAGGGAUGGAGUGUUUAGGGAAAAGGAGAGGAGGGUCGAGUGGAGUCCGCAGGAUGGGUUGGACGAUGGGAGGCGGAGGGUUCUGGACAGAGACAGAGAAAGGGACAGGGACAGGCCGCAGAGGGCAGCAACGUCGAUGGCGCUCUACCAGUACCGCGAUCGCGAUGCCGACGAGGAUGACCCACCGCCGGCCCCAGCACCGCCUCAUUCGAGAGCACAAGACGUCGGCCUCAGAGCGCAUCGGAGCGCAUACUCGCUCGUCGCAACGUCGAGAGAGGCGCUAAGGGAGCGCGAGCUCGCUUUAUCCAACGCUGCUGCAACUGUUGCUGCGAGGAGGGAGCGCGAGUCCCUCCCACCUCCCUCCACCGACCGUGCCGCCUCGGUCCUAGGCCGCUACUCGACGAUGCACGCGCCGUCGCCUGCACCGUCGCAUCAUCAUGCGUUAGGCUACCUGCAGGAUAGACUGGGAGGCACGGCGAGUCCGUUUGGGAGUAGGCGGUUUAGUACACCGCCGAUCCAGGCUUCGGGUAUGGGGAUGGCGUCGGCUUCGAGUUCGACGACGACGACGCAAGGAGGGCAAGGAGGACAUGGGCAAGGAGGGCAAGGGCAAGGACAAGGACAGACAGAGCACGCGCGCCUGAUGCUUGAGUCGUUAGCUAUGUUCGAGGGGCAGCUCGCACGGUCUUCCUUGGGUGCAAGUGGCACUAGCAAUGGGACAAGCAACGUUCUGGCGACACCGAUACCCUCAGCCUCAACCUCAAUGGCCCACGCCGACCUCCUGCGCACCGCCCAAACCAUGGUCUUCGCCGCCGACAAGCUGUGUGCGCUCCUCCGCUCUGGGGCCACGAGGGCGGUCGAAUCUCAAGUCGAGGUGGAGGUGCAGGCCACGGACGGUACCCAACCUGCGAGAGAACCAGGCGUACAAGCGAUGGCGAUGGUGGAUCUGUGGGGGCGGGUGGCGGCGGAGUAUAGAGACGGCUCGCGCACGGCGGAUGAGUUGGUGAGAGCGAUCACGGGGUUCUUGUUGGGUGUUGGGAGGGCGUUGAGGGAUGGUGGUGUGGGUGUGGGUGUGGAUGGGUUUGGUGGCAUGGGAGGACAAAUGGGAGUAGGAGGGUUGACGGGCUCGCCAGCUCUACACGCACGCCAUGUUAGUCUGAACGACGAGGAUCUGAGGCGGGCGAGUCCUGAUAUCCGAGCAGGAGGAGGGCAAGGGACGAGCAGUGGUAGUGCAAGCGCGAGUGGGAGGAGGAGCGUCGCGUCGGUCUCGAGGCAUAGUUGGGAACCGACGGCACGGGAUCGCGAGCGGGACCUACGCGAGCUCAACAGGGAUAGGGACAGAGACAGAGAAAGAGAGAGGGACAGGGACAGAGAGAGGGACAGGGAACGAGAUAGAGAGCUAGAGAGGAGCGCCAACCGCGAAGAAGCGCUCCGGCGGCUCGCUGGCGCACCCGCACCCGCACCUGCACCACGCUCAGACAGCGUCCUCGCACGCUCGUCGCCCGCUACGUUCCAGAAGCUCCGAGAUCGCGAGCUGAGGGACCGGGAGGCUGAAAGUCCACCUCCGAUGCCGAAUGCGAGGCACUCGGUUACUGGUAGUGGAGGGUCUGGUAGUGGAGGAGGAGCGGGUGGAGGUGGAAGUGGAGCGAGUGGAAGAGGCAGUGGAGGAGGGACAGGCACGCCGGCUGGCUCAACGAGGAGGUUGUUCGCGCCGAGAGAGCAGAUGUUGGACGGGAAGGUGUCGACGAGUAACCUCCGGUCUGUGGCAGCGGGUGCGGGUGCGGGUCUCGGCAUGACCUCGCUUGACUCGCAGGAGACGAUCCAGCCUGACCGGUACGACAACGAGCAGUACUCCUCCAGGGACCGCGAUCUGUACUCCUCCAAGGAUCGGGAUCGGUACGACGCAUACGCCUACGCCUACGAGACGCCCUCCAAGCCCCCACCACCGCGGCCCUCACCCAACCCCGACCGUGGUUUAACGCUCUCCCUCACACCCUUAACGAAGCCCAAGACCCUAACACCUCUUACGAUCCCCAAGCCUCUACCGACUCUACCUUCUGAGACGCUCGGGCGCCGGUCGGGGCUUAACAAGUCCACGGAAUCUUCCGCCAGCUCUGCAACGAGGGAGAGGGAGAGGCGGCGGUCGACGAUACGCGGUGGGACCGAACGCCCGACUUUCCCCUUAUCCAGCCCUGCGAACCCGACGACGGCGCUGACGCCGCAUACGGUGAGCAACGCCCAUGCCGAGGAUGGUGGGAGGAGCCCGUUUGGUGGGCCGGUGGCGUUGCAGAGGUCCGAGUCGAGUAAGAGCUCCGCGUCUGCGAGCGGUGUUAGGGCGCAGGUGACGUUCUCGAGACCGAGCGGGGCUGCGAUGAGUGACCUUGCGCAGCUGCAUGCGAGUGGGGAGGGGGAGAGGGAGAGGGAGAGGAGGCGGACGGGGUCGAUUUCCACUGCCACUGCCACCGCUGCUACUACUGCUACGCGGGCAACGAUAACGAGCCCGGCGUCGGCCUCAGCGAACCUACCCUCAAGCAGAAGCGCGAGCGCGAGCGCGAAGAACAGCCCUGCGAUGAUGGCCCGCGCGCUCUCUGGCUCGGAGACGGAAAGGGACACGAGGCGGAAGACCCUUGGGGUCGGUGCUGGCGCGGGUGCGGCGAGGAUGAGGAUGAGCUUGGAUAGUCUGCGCGUGGAUGAGGAUGAUCGGGAGCGCGAGCGUGAGGUGUCGGUGCAGUCCAAGAGUACGAAUGCCACCACCACUGCGACAGGCACGAAGGAGCGCGUGGGGGGUGGUGCAGCUGCGGACCGGAGCGCGGCGUCGACGAUCCUCGCGCAGACGGCGGCGAGCGCGAGUCGGCAGCGCGAGAGGAGGAGGACCGUCACGGAUAUUUGGCCGCGGUAG